UUUAACCGUAAAUUGUCGUUCCUUACAUAGUACCAAAGCAUUUAUAUUGUAGUAAUAAAUUAGCAUUUGCAAACUUUGAGACUAUCCCAAAAAACACCACAUAGUAAAGGAAAUAGUUAAAAAUAUCAAUAAAAUAAGAAGUUGAGCUCAAAACCCUCCAUAGUCCAUACAUAUGGAGCCACCAAAUUCAGAGCAACACUCCCACCAUUCUCUAAGCACCAAUUCAUCAUCAUGCCUCACAAAAAUCAUGAAAAAUCAAGAGAAGCUGAAUCUGGUUUUGGAUCUAAGCCUGUCAAGCAAAGAUGCUGAGCCAAAUCGAGUGUUCUCAUGCAACUACUGCACCAGGAAGUUCUACAGCUCCCAGGCCCUCGGCGGCCACCAGAACGCCCACAAACGCGAGCGGCGCCUCGGCCACCACUCUCCUCUCCCUCUGCAUAGGUCUCUUGCGAUGCAGGUUCACAGCUCCAUCAUCCAUAAGCCUACUACUUCUAGCGUUGUGGGCCCACCGUUUAGGUACAAAUUUGGUGGGUUCCCAGUGUUUGGGAGGAGGCCUCCUCUCCCUCCGCAGCAGGCUGUACGGCGGCUGCCGGUGGAGAGCGGCGGAGGAGUGAAAUGGGAUGCUGGUAAUUUGCAGUUGAAGACUAAAGAGUGUAAAAUCUUGGAUUUGUCUCUCAAACUCUAGUUAGUUUCAAUUUCCAAUAACAAUGUAAGAUCUUCAAUUCUCUUAAUUCCAUUGCUGAAUUUUAUCAACAACAUUUUGUUA